GUAGAAGUAUAGUAUUGAUUCGGUAGCGAAAUAUUCAAAUUUAGCUGCUCCUUUAAAAAGAAACUGAGAUUAAAUUGUCUUUCAUAUACAAAUAGUAAUAUCGGACUCGUUGCAUGAAUAAUCGAACCGGCCUCACUAGCUCAAUUUUCAGUAUAAUGACACAUCGAACAUACGAUGUUCCACCAAUAUUGGCCCGAAUUUUCCUCUACCAGAGAAUAACAAAGAUGGCGGCGUUUGCUCGCCGCCGAGUGUUUCGAGUCGUGGAGUUGUACAGAGCCUAGAGAAUAAUGAGAAUACGUUGGAGUACCAGAUGACAGUGAGAGUUAGGCCAAUUGCUACAAGAUGAUUGGCCGGCGUUGUGCGCUGUUCGCGCUCAGCGGGCUUUUGAUUCUUGUCCUCACCGUGAACGUAUACUUUAUACGAAUGAUAGUCGAAAGUUCACCGGAAAAAACGGAUUCACGAAAUUUUCCAAUUUCCGACGAAAAAUCAAACAACGAUUACACAGCGGCCAAACCUAAUGAUAAUACACGCGGUAUCAAAACAACCAUGCUCACCGAAAUGGAAGAAAAAAUCAAGGCUGAAAUGCGGCUUCUACCUUCCAAAUAUUUUAGACGAAAUUCCACUUACAUCGCUUUACUCGACAGACUACUCACUGAGCUUAGAACUAUGCCAAAUGUUCAGGACGAUAUUUGGAGCAUACCAAGCAACAAUUGGCCCGAUGCCCAUCACCUUUUACCUCCAGCAGCUCCGGAACUCGGAACGAUCCUCGAUGCCCUUCGACGAGCCAAAGUAGCCAGGGCGGACAAUGCUCCUGUUGGUACACAGUUGAAACUUAUGCUCACACUAGAACAAGGUGUCAAAGCCAUGUUCAAACCUCAAUGGUACACGAGAGACGCGGUUCUCGAGGGCCCCGUGUACUAUGGAAAAGACAGGCACAAUGGGGAAGUUGUGGCUUUCCAUUUGUCUUCGUUGUUAUCGCUGAGAAGAGUUCCUCUUACAGUUAUAAGAAAGUUGAACCUCACAGAAGAAGUACGGAAUCGUGCGACGCCUCAACUUUACGCAACUAUUUAUCAAGAAACGAAUAACACAUGCUUGUAUGGUGUUUGUCAUUACUGCUCACCAGCCGAUCCCGUGUGUGGUAUUGGCGACAUUUUGGAAGGUUCACUCAUACUUUGGCUACCUUCUUACCUGAAACUUAUGAAACAUCGUCAUCCAUGGCAACGAACGUACAAACGUAACAGACUUGCACUUUGGGAAACGGACACUAGUUAUUGCGAUAAGGUGAAAGAGAGUAAGACUUAUGCGCCUCAAUCCUCAAGCCGAUUGCUCGAUUUGGUUGACACCGCAGUUUUUGAUUUUUUGAUGGACAACGGUGAUCGCCAUCACUACGAGCUGGCUCAAAAUAUUUUUCACAAUCCUGCGGUGCUACUGAUCGACAACGGAAAGAGUCUUGCCAAUCCGGACGUCGAUCAUAUCGAUAUUUUGGCGCCACUUUAUCAGUGUUGCAUGAUUCACAAGACUACGUGGGACAGACUACGCCUCCUCAGCGGAGGCGCGCUCAGUUUAUCGCUCGGUCGAAUUUUAGCUCACGAAGCAAGAAUGGCUGAUGUUCUCCCGCUCAUAACGGAGGAUCAUUUGAACGCAAUGGAUCGUAGACUUUUGACUAUUUAUGCUGUAGUUGAAUAUUGUAUAAAAGAAAAAAAAUAUGCCUCGAAUGUUAUAUUGGAUCAUCGAUGAUACGCUGUAACUCGAACAAUAAGCCUAUUAAACGUAACGAUGCUAAUGUGAUGAAGGUUCUGAGACUAAAUAAAUUAUUGAUAUUGCCAUUAUAACUCGAACAUGAUGUAGAACGAAUGAAUAGAAAAAAUAAAAAUGUUUUACCACAUAAA